AUGGGAUAUAUGUAUGGCAGUCACUGCCUUAGCUGCGACUACAUCGGGGAGGAAGAGGGAAUUGUCAAAGACGAAGGCCCAGUGCGCGCGCCAGAUGGUGUGAGCCGUGAUGGGCGCAAUUGCAAUCUGAAGAUAAGAGGAGACGGAAGGAGAGAGUCGAGUACGCGUGAGAAGCCAGGCAACGUCCGAAAUAUACCACGACGAACACAGAAACUUCCAAGGGCAGGAAAAGACGAAAGGUUGGAGAGAGUCCACUGCAGAGAGACAGAGGGGACAGUUCGGACUAGAAAGGAAAGAGGAGAUGCAGUUGAAUACGAGCUCAGUGGUUGGGACUUUUUGCCAGAAGAUUUUCCAUCAGAGAGAACGUGUGUUGUGUGGCAUGGACCACCGCCAGAACGAUUUUCAGGAAAUAUCAGCGUGAGAUGGCGAAAGAAGGCGAUAAUGCAGUUGCGCGAAUGUCGUAUGUCGUGGGGAGGUACCCGACAGAGGCCACCUCGGGAGUCGAUCAUGAAGGCGUGGUGGACGUUUUUUUAUUUUCCCAUGACAACCCCAACUUUUCAAAUUCCAUUUGAACGAAGACAGGGAACGGACAUGACAACUAAAAAUCUUCUGGAACAUCCAGAAGUCAAAGACAUUGCGGGCGGCACACAAUCUUAUGUACUAUACGCUCCCAAGGUUGAAUCACCUGGGAAUUCCCCAAUUAUCAUUGAAGUACAGCAUUCAGUGAACUUUGCCUUUGUCAAUCGAUCAAUAUCAUUGCUUUUGGUUGACCAAGAAACGUGCCUGUUGGAAAGUCAGGGUUGGAAAGAUUUUAUGGUGGUCAGAUUGUUCAAUAUCUUGCAACAAAUCUUGUCAAAGCAAUUUGCAAUGCCAACAUCAAAGUUUAUUAAGAAAUAUCGAAUACCAGCGGUAAAACGACAGUUUCAAGAGGAGGAGGAUCAGGAUACAAUUGCUGCAAAAAGUGACACCAACCGAGAAUCAUCCAUUCGGUCAUUUAAUGAACAAAAGCAUCAGCGCACUAUGGAGUUUACCGAACAAUUAAAAAAAAACUCGAAAAAGGAUGAAUUGGAAAGCCUGCCAUCCAUUGCUGCUUGA